AUGAAGAGAUGUUUCGUCUACGCUAUUGCAUUUUUUCUUAUUUUACUUUAUGUUCCAAUCAUCACUUCUUCAAGGCACAUAAGCCACUCAAAUUCACGACAUGGAGAUGGACAUUCAUAUCAUGAAGUGGCAAAUAUGCGACGGCCGAUGCAAGUAGCCGGAUCACGGUUACCCGAUUGUUCGCAUGCAUGCGGAUCGUGUUCGCCGUGCAAAUUGGUGAUGGUGAGCUUAGUUUGUGCAUCACUUGCAGAGGCUGAAUCCUGUCCAAUGGCUUACAAAUGCAUGUGCCAUAACAAGUCCUAUCCUGUUCCAUAG